AUGGCUGCGCACACCCCUCUGCCCCCCAACCUCCGCUGGGGCUUGGCGGCAUUCAGCGGCUCCCUCUUCAUCAACAACAAGACACGGGACAGCGGUGCUGCCCACAUUUACCACCCAGGCUGUGCCCUCUUACAGUACCACCUACUGCCUCGGCACUACCAGUUCCUGCUGGUCACUGCCUUCCUCAUCCUCUCACUGGCCGAGGGCUCCCGCCUCUACCUGGGCUACGUGGGGAACCUGCAGGAGAAGGUGCCCGAGCUGGCCGGGUUCCUCCUCCUCUCCUUCCUGAUCCAGCUGCCCCUCCUGCUCUUCCUGCUGACGGACAGCCGCAUCAUCCGCCUGCCGCUGGAGACGGUCAUGCACAGCCUGCUCCUGGCCUUCCUCAUCGCCGAGAUGGUGGCUGCCUUCCUCGCGCUGAAGACCAUGACCAAGCAGCUGGCGGCACAGUUCUACCUGCGGCAGUUGAAGGAGGGUGGCAGGGGAGGGCCGGGGCAGGGGGUGGCAGGCAGCUGA